AGCAAGGCGUGCUCGCGGCGCGUCCGCCUCAACGUCGGGGGCCUGGCGCACGAGGUGCUGUGGCGCACGCUGGACCGCCUGCCGCGCACGCGGCUGGGCAAGCUCCGCGACUGCAACACGCACGACUCGCUGCUCGAGGUGUGCGACGACUACAGCCUGGACGACAACGAGUACUUCUUUGACCGCCACCCGGGCGCCUUCACGUCCAUCCUCAACUUCUACCGCACCGGGCGCCUGCACAUGAUGGAGGAGAUGUGUGCGCUCAGCUUCAGCCAGGAGCUCGACUACUGGGGCAUCGACGAGAUCUACCUGGAGUCCUGCUGCCAGGCGCGCUACCACCAGAAGAAGGAGCAGAUGAACGAGGAGCUCAAGCGCGAGGCCGAGACCCUGCGCGAGCGCGAGGGCGAGGAGUUCGACAACGCGUGCUGCGCCGAGAAGCGGAAGAAGCUCUGGGACCUGCUGGAAAAGCCCAACUCCUCCGUGGCCGCCAAGAUCCUGGCCAUCAUCUCCAUCAUGUUCAUCGUCCUGUCCACCAUCGCCCUGUCCCUCAACACGCUGCCCGAGCUGCAGAGCCUGGACGAGUUCGGCCAGACCACAGACAACCCCCAGCUGGCCCACGUGGAGGCCGUGUGCAUCGCGUGGUUCACCAUGGAGUACCUGCUGCGCUUCCUCUCCUCGCCCAAGAAGUGGAAGUUCUUCAAGGGCCCGCUCAACGCCAUCGACCUGCUGGCCAUCCUGCCGUACUACGUCACCAUCUUCCUCACCGAGUCCAACAAGAGCGUGCUGCAGUUCCAGAACGUGCGCCGCGUGGUCCAGAUCUUCCGCAUCAUGCGCAUCCUCCGCAUCCUCAAGCUGGCCCGCCACUCCACCGGCCUCCAGUCCCUGGGCUUCACCCUGCGGCGGAGCUACAACGAGCUGGGCCUGCUCAUCCUCUUCCUGGCCAUGGGCAUCAUGAUCUUCUCCAGCCUCGUCUUCUUUGCCGAGAAGGACGAGGACGACACCAAGUUCAAAAGCAUCCCGGCCUCCUUCUGGUGGGCCACCAUCACCAUGACCACCGUGGGGUACGGGGACAUCUACCCCAAGACCCUCCUGGGGAAGAUCGUGGGCGGCCUCUGCUGCAUCGCGGGCGUCCUGGUGAUCGCGCUCCCCAUCCCCAUCAUCGUCAACAACUUCUCCGAGUUCUACAAGGAGCAGAAGAGGCAGGAGAAAGCCAUCAAGCGGAGAGAGGCCCUGGAGAGGGCCAAGAGGAACGGCAGCAUCGUGUCCAUGAACAUGAAGGACGCCUUCGCCCGGAGCAUCGAGAUGAUGGACAUCGUGGUCGAGAAAAACGGGGAGAGCUUGGGUAAGAAGGACAAGGUCCAGGAUAACCACUUGUCUCCCAACAAAUGGAAGUGGACGAAGAGGACACUGUCCGAAACCAGCUCAAGCAAGUCCUUUGAAACUAAGGAGCAGGGGUCCCCUGAGAAGGCCAGAUCGUCUUCUAGUCCUCAGCACCUGAACGUGCAGCAGUUGGAAGACAUGUACAACAAGAUGGCCAAGACCCAAUCCCAGCCCAUCCUCAACACCAAGGAGUCAGCCGCACAGAGCAAGCCAAAGGAAGAACUUGAGAUGGACAGCAUCCCCAGCCCCGUGGCCCCUCUGCCCACGCGCACAGAGGCGGUCAUUGACAUGCGCAGUAUGUCGAGCAUCGAUAGCUUCAUCAGCUGUGCCACAGACUUCCCCGAAGCCACCCGAUUCUCCCACAGCCCUCUGACAUCCCUCCCCAGCAAGGCGGGGGGCAGCGCGGCCCCCGAGACGGGCUGGCGGGGAGCUCUGGGCGCCAGUGGCGGCAGACUCGUGGAGGCCAACCCCGCCCCUGGUGCCAGCCAUCCGUCUGGCUUCUUCAUCGAGAGCCCCAAGAGUUCCAUGAAGACCAACAACCCCUUGAAGCUCCGAGCACUUAAAGUCAACUUCUUGGAGGGUGAGCCCAGCCCCCUGCUCCCCGUCCUGGGGGUAUACCAUGACCCUCUGAGGAACCGGGGGGGCGCCGCGGCUGCCGUCGCCGGACUGGAGUGUGCUGCGCUCUUGGACAGGGCCGUGCGCAGCCCGGAGUCCUCCAUCUACACCACAGCCAGUGCGAGGACCCCCUCCCGGUCACCCGAGAAACACACAGCAAUAGCGUUCAAUUUCGAGGCGGGCAUCCACCAGUACAUUGACGCGGACACAGACGACGAGGGGCAGCUGCUUUACAGCGUGGACUCCAGCCCUCCCAAAAGCCUCCCUGGGAGCACUAGCCCCAAGUUCAGUGUUGGGACGAGAUCGGAGAAGAACCACUUCGAAAGCUCCCCCUUGCCCGCCUCCCCUAAGUUCCUACGGCAGAACUGCAUUUACUCCGCGGAAGCAUUGACUGGAAAAGGUCCCAGUGGGCAGGAAAAGUGCAGACUUGAGAACCACAUCGCCCCCGACGUCCGCGUGCUGCCGGGGGGAGGCGCCCACGGGAGCGCCCGGGAUCAGAGCAUCUGAACUGCCCCGCCGUGGAGGGGACUUUUGGGAGAGGUCAAAGAGUGGGGCUGUUCGGCCAACCUGCCACAGAGCUCUUCUGCAUGAACUCCGAAAGAGAAAGGCCCUGCAGCGGCCCCCGGGGGGAAUCAGACUCCUGAGCAAGCUCCCUGAGACCCUGGGAGCCAUGGAGUUGGCCAAGCCGCGGGGCACAGCACUUCCUCGUGACGACUCGACCUCCCUCUUGGGGAGAUGGCAUGAGCAGAACUCACAGCCGCCGCCACCGUUCCAGACAUAGCCGUGGCCACCUCCUCCCCGUUCCUCCCUAGGGCUUUCCAUCCCAGCCUCUGAGGACGGCGUUUCCGGGCCUCAGAAGGAUGCUGGAGCACGUGGCUGGUGGUGAAAGGGCAUUUGGACUCACGUGGUACUGGGUGCUGCCCGGCCACCCCUAGGAACACCGGUCCAUUGCCUCCUGGACGGAUCCCACUGCUGGGAGGCUGCAGGGAUUGCUUGUGUCAUGGGGGCGUCUCCGCGCCAUAAGCCACGAUUCCAGCGCGAAACUCUUCCUCGGUUGUCUUCAUGGACCAGUAUUCCGUAAAACCUGAGAUUUUGUUUUGAGAUGCCAUCAGGGUGAGUCGCGCCACUUGUACUCAAUUCUAAUUGCCCCCUGGCGAUCUGGGAAGGGUUCAGACGGUGGGCACCCGGCCAACCGUGUGAGCUCAGAGAGAGCAUGGAUUUAGGGUUACAGGAGGAAAUGCUUUCUGUACAUCGCUAGUGUAGACUCAACAGAUAUGCAAGUGUCAAAUAUGCAAAAGUAAUAGUUUAUUCCAAGAGACUGUGUGUUGCUGAAGAACAGUAUAAAAAUCUGAUUUUUUUUUAACCUGCAAAAAUGAAAGGGAAAAAAAUACCCCUAAAUGAAAUGCCCAGUUCAGACUUUGAAUACUUCCUGCUUGGCAAGGAAAGUACCUGCUAUAAUAGAAUUUCUUUUUUGUUUCCUGUGGUUUUCAAGCUAAAAAAAAAAAAGUUAAAAUAAAAAGCACUUUAUGUUUCUCAAAAAUAAGUUCUACCAGGGACAGUGUCGACAUCUUGCACUUUUAAAACAAGCUCUCGUUCCCGUGGGCUGCUUGUUGGGACUGUAGCUGGCUUGUUGCAACCGGCCUGUUUCCGGCCAUGGUGGGGGAUCCUCUGCUGGGAACAUGUCGGCCACGUCGCAGCCUGUGGGCUCCUCCCUGCCCCUCGAAGCUUCCCCUGGACCCUCGUGGGUCAGCAGGAGUCCCUGGCCUUCCAGUGGGGCCUCUCACGACGUCAAGUGUACAGGAGACAUGCACAUCUCGGAAGGACGCGGUGACAGUUGGACAUUGGGUGUUUUACUCUGUCCUCUUUCUUGUCCACCAGCCGUUGGUGUGUUUUCAGUGUCACUGUCUGUACUAAAAGUUCAACUCUCCUUCCUGCAGCCAUCAAUGCAGCCGGUACAGACAAAAGCAAUAAGUAUCUGUGUGCAUCGCGAGCAGUUCCGGUGUUUUUCUUGGCGUUGGUCUUUCUGUCCUAGUUUGACGACCUGGCAUUGUCCUGCCUGCUUUUAACCUAGCAGCAUGGUGUUGUUAGCCAUUCCUCAGUACCGUGACAUUGGGCUGAACCACGGAUUCAUACAAUGCUAUGGUGUUGGCUCAUCUGUCAGUAAGAUGACAUGUUAUCGGUCUGCCUGUCUCUAGUACGAUGGCACAAUGUUGUCCCCUUAAUAUAACAGUGAUGGAUGAUGUCCCAAGUACAGGAGUGUAGGUCUGCUAUCCUCAAGACAGUAAUAGGCAUAUGUCUUCCUGAUGGAACAAAGAUGCGGUGUCGGUUCACCUCUUCUUAAUAUAAUCUGUGCUGGUCUGCCUGUUAGUACAGCGGCAUGAUCCACCUGUCAGGCCACCAAGAUCAUGGAAUUGUCUGCCCGCCCUCCGUCCAGUGGUGUGAGGUGGGGCCGCCUGCCAGGGUAUGAUGACAUGGGGUCAUUCCACCACCCUUAAAAACACGUAGUCUGUGCUGCACACGAACACCAUUCAUACCACUUCUCAGCCUCUCCAGGGACUGUGAACCCCCGCACAAGAGGGUGCAGUAUUGUUCUUUGCUGUGUUAACAAAGAAAAUGAGAACUUGACCCUUCCUAGGUAUCUCCAGAGUGUCCGCGCAGCUGAAGCCAAGGAACUUAGGGUCAGGGAGGGCGUGAGACGUCCUGUGCCAGGGGGCACACCAGAGAGAGGACACGGUGGCACCUCCGAAGUACUUUGCCAAGCACACAGUCUGGGCCCGGGGCCUCUUGAGGGAUGACUGUGACACAGCUCUCCGCCAGCUAUCUCACGUGUCUCUUCCGUUUUCAUCACCAUUAAACGUCCACCAUCAGCACAAAUGUGAAAAUUCAGGGAAAACAAACACAUGCUUUUUGAUAAAAGUAAACAGUUGUGAUUUCCGAUUCAGAUAUUUUUAGAGCUGAUGCUAUCUGUAAAAAUUAAUGAUGAUAAUAAUAAUAAUAUAGUCUAUUUUACAUAUCAGGAAAGUGAACAUGUUUAAAUAUAGCCAUAUAUAUCGAGAAGGAACUUACCACCCCUUCUUCAAAUCAAGGCAUUUCAUUUGUCGGUUAAAGCAGAGAGACGUGUCCAGAUUGGAAAUGAUUUUUCUUUCUUUUUCUUUCUUUCUUUUUUUUUUUUUGAAACUAAUAACCAAUUGGUGCAGCUCUUCUCGUAACCAAAGGCCCUUUCUGCCUUGUGUGGUCACGUAGGACCUGGCCCUUCCCUCCCUGUGUGUUUUGUCUGACCUUAAAGUAGCAUUUUAUUGAGUCACUUUUGAAGGCCUAAUUCAGAAGUAUCAUUAAGAACCUACCUGUUCCGGCGUCACAGCCAGAGUCCUAUAGAGUUCUUAUAGAAACAGAAUAAUUGAAAUUCAGCAUAUACUAUGCUUAGAAAGUAUUCCGUUUGAGUUUGGGUUGUUCUGUUCUGUUUUGGUUUUCUCUUUCAUUUGUGUGUGUAUGUAUUGUGGGAAUAUGGCUUUUCCUCUGUGCGCGAUUCAAAAUAGAAUAUUGCAAAGUUUUCCCAGCCCCUCCCCCACCCGCCCAAGAGGAACAAGCCCAGAUUUUAACACACGUACACCCAACCUGUACCUGCGUACUUGGGUGGACAUGCACUGGGAAAUCUACCUGAGGGACUCCACAGAGAAGUUGACUCAAUAGACAGCCUUGGGAGAGCAGACAAACGUGGCGGUUUGGAGGCACGUGCGGCUUUAACUCGGUGGCUCCAUUUCCCACUCACCCCUGAACCCAUGUGAGCAGGAAGACACAAGUGAGCCCACACCGAGGGAACGAGGGGCUGGAGGUGCACAGAUGCCGGGCGCCGUGGCGAAUUUCGUGAAACUCUUCGAGAGCCCAGCUGAACUUGAGUUCCGACUUCCACCAUUGCCAGAAAGGGCUAAGGACCAGGUAGCUCCGUGUCCCGAUCACACAAGGGAGAAUCUGUGACCAGCGCUGGGAGAGCGGGGUAAGCCCUGGAGGAGAUCAUUCAUUCACCUUUUUAUCUUGGGGUAAAAGAAAACAACAAGACUUUGGUGCAGUAGAUUUCUCAGUGCCUUCUUUAGGAAUUCUAUCUUAAGCACACUUUAAGGGGAAGGAAAAAAAGAGAGAGAACAUUUGUUCCCAUGAAGUCCCUUUCUCAAAACAAUUUGGGGAUCGAGAAGGAAGAAGAAAAGUAAGACGGAAAAACAACAGAACCGGGAGCAGGCCACUUCCUUCCAACCCGCCCCGCUCACCCCUGAGAAUUGCUGGUGAUACAAGCCUUCCCAGAUGAACUCCCAACUUCUCCACCGUGUCUUGGUCACCGUAGCCUCGUCUCUGCCCUUUCUCCUAAUAAGAUCCAAGUUUCUAAGGAGAAAAAAAACAGUAUUCUCUUCUGUAAACUGUAAUGUAUUGUUGAUAUUUGUAACUAUUGUAUAUUUCUGUCUUGCUCUAGUCACGGCUGGAGUGUCGAGCCCAUGGACGAGGGAAUAUUUAAAAUUCACACGGACAAGGGCCACAAAAGCCAGGUCUGUCUGUCUCUCUCUCUCUCUCUCUCUCUCUCUCUCUCUCUCUCUCCUUUUCUUAUUUCUCUGCCAACUAGUCUCAAGUCACAUAACCCCAGGCUUUUUUUCAGCCUCAAGUCCAGUAACUUUGAAUCAAAGGAGGACACAGCAAAAGCUCCCAGAACUUGCUCCUUCGGGAAAGGACUUUUUCUGUAGCUAUGAAGCGGGCAGGAGGAAGACGGGGACUCCCCUGAGACCCCAGCAGGACAAUGGAACUCUCCCAGCCCCGAGCUGACAUUUCCCUCCCAUCACCGCUUAUAGGACGGCAUCCAACGCUUUCACGUCACUCCACCUGGGCCACCCAAACCAACCCUGGCUACACCCAGAAAUAAGAGUUACCUCUGUACUUUGUGUUGCCAUUUUUCUGGCUCUAGAAGUAUCUGAUGUGCGACUACGUCGCAGGAUGUCUGUACAUCUCAGAGUAGUCUAUUUUUCUGUUCAGAUAAAAAUAUAUAUAUAUAUAUGUAUUUUUAGCAAAUUUAUAAUAGGGCAACUGAGUCUAAUUUCUCCUUUUGUAAUACAGAUGACUAUCUUAGGAGUUUCAUGUUGGUCGUUAUCGUAGCUGAUAUUUUCUGGUCUUUUUCCUGUUCUUUCAUCCUCUCCUGGGCUGUUUCCUUUUCUUCAUGCUGAUUCUGAUUUCUUGGGGCGGGGAAAGACUCUGGGGUCUGACUUCCUCGUGUGGGUCUCUCCUGUCACUAGGCCUAGUGUCUGCCAACGCCACUUCUUUCCUCAUUCAUUCUGUGCGUUUCUCCAAUUCAUUGUUCUUGAGAAUUCAGGGCAUGAAUGCGGGAGCGAAACCAAGGGGGAGCAGAGCUGCAGAUGGCCCUCAAAAUCAGGCUGGAGUGUGGGCUGGCUUCACUCUCAUCCCACGCCCCUCCCGGGAUCUGAAGGGACGAGUUUUCUCGUCCCCAGAGAUCUUGGAUCCAAACAUCUCAUGCAAGCAUACUGCUCACUGGUGUUUCUGAGAUCAGAACACAUGUAAGUCCCUCUCGGCUGGGCUGUUCCUGGGGCCGGCCCUCUGUAGACCUGUGACGUCAGUCAGAUCUGAGAAGCUUGGAAGGGCAUGCUAGGCUCAGAUCUCAUCAACUUUUUACCAGUUCUUCAUUUCAGUCCAUCUCUCCACGGCUUCACCAAAAACCAGUGGCCAGACACCCCUGCGGCUGAGCCCGGAGGGGAGAUGUCCCCAGAAUCUGUCCACUCCUCUUCUGGCCCCAUCCCACCUGCUCAGCUCCGGAGAGCAGGAGACUGGCAGAGACAGUGGAACUCUUCACCUGUCCGAGCCUUGGGGAGUUUCUGGACUGUCCCAAUCAUUAACUUCACGAGGCGGUUUUCAGCCUUGGAUGGGCAGAGGGUCUCUCGCUAAGCAGGAUCUUCAGCAGAAAGUGAUUCUCCGUCACCUCAUGUGGGAAGAUGAGGAAAGGGCAGCUGAUCUCCACCUUGCUGCCUGGGGGUUUCAAGGGUCCCUGUUGGCUGUGGGCUGUGGGCUCUGCCCAGAAUCAAAGAUCUGAGCCAGACCAGGACCCCCAGAUGGCAGUGAGCCUUCCCACUGGACGUCACCCAAGGGGAAGCCCACCCAAACACAAAUUCAUUAUUCUUAUCAAAGUUCCCCUGCCCCAAAUUCCUGGUAAUCUGGUUUAAACCAGAAACAAAUAAAACAGACAAGAUUUUUUUUUAACUUGUUCACAAGGGCAGCAACAACAACAAAAAUUGUCUCCCAGAGUUUCCCAGGUCUGGUGCCCAGAUAAGCAGACACCCCUGCCUGUGGCUGUUUCCAUCGAGAAAGAGGUUAUCUAGUUGGGGCUUCCAUCCAUUGUCCCUGAUUUUAAUCGUCUCCUGGCAUUUCUCCUGAACGUCUCCAAAUGCCAGCUUGAAUUUGGAAGGGGCUCUUCUCCUCCAACCCUCACUCUCCUAUUCCUCCCUCCAAAGAGUCUGAAAAGACUUCCUAAAGGCCGGCCAGGAUGGGGUGGCGGGGGGGCAGCGCCCCUGAAGAGGAAGACCCCCGGCUGCCGAGGGUUGCGGGCACGUCUCUCAGAGUUUCUUUUGCAUGAGAGGGACAAGGCGGUCAGGUUCAGUACAUAUGAAGGAAGCCCUUCUGAUGGGCAGGGUUGUGGGACCACGGCCCCAUGCCCUGGAGGGUCCUGAGCUCCCUAUGUCGCAAGUGUUUAAGGAGAGGCUGGAUAGUGCACAAAAUGGCGUGGCUGAGGGGUCCUGCCAUGGUGUGGAGACGGGGUUGAACGAUGGAAACUUGCCUUCUGCGUUUCUUGGUGUGCGUGUGUGCAUGUGUGUUUGUGUGUGGGGGGGGGUUGAACUUUCUUCGCCCAGGCUCAAGCCCCUGAGGCAAAAGCAUGUAGCACAAUGAGCAGGAAUGCAACUUAAGGCUUUGGAGCUGUAGGAGGGGAUGACCAGGAAGCAAGGGGAUGAUAGGACUCCCUGCUUCCUCCUGGCUUCCUGUCUUGAAAAAUUUUAAUGAUGCUCUCAGCCACCCCAUCCAGCCUAUCCCCAGUGGCCUAACAGACACCACACCAGGUUGAGACUCGUGCCACCCUGCCCCAGACCAGCCAAGGAGCAACCCACGAGGUCCCCCGCCCCUGGCUGGCCGUCUCACGGUGCUUCUGCCCUUCCACCCAGCCCUGUGCCCACAAGGCUUUCCAUACAAAAGGCGUAACUAUCUGUCACCUACUAGCUGCCCCCCCCCCCCAGGGAACACCUGUCCAGGUGAUAGCAAAUGGCACCAUCCCAAAGGGACUUUUUAUUCUGGGAAACAAAGCAGGAGAUCGCUUUCGAGAACCUGGGAAGUCCCCACCCAUGAAGUAGAUCCAGAAAGACCAAAGGAGAGAGACAGCCUCCACCCGGUUCCACAGCAGAGCAAGACUUUGGCCGCCUCCAGGCUGGACUCCCACUCUCCUGUGGCCUUCUUCCCAGGUCAGCCCGGACCCUGCGUUCUCCAAGGGAAGCAUCUGACGGCAGAGAUUUGGGGAUGGUGGGUUUGGAGGAGGCGGGGCGACCACCUCAGCAUGAACCCAAGUCCAGGUGGUCUCAGAUGGUUUCCUUACAAAGUUGGACAGGAUGGUGCAUGCAGAUGGGUAGAUGGAGCAGCUGCCCAACUCCAAAAUCAGAACCAAACAAAAGCCAGUCUCCAAGAUCCACCCCUGUCCCCUUGAGGCUCUGCCCUGCAGAAAUAGCCCAAGUUGCUGUUAACACAAGGCCGCAAUCAUAGAACGGUUCACACAAAUGUAGGGAACUCCCAAGUCUGUCCCUGUAGGGCCAUACAGGGAUCACUCCCUGCUGCCUGCUGCCUUGAACUGAACAGAUUUGGAAAAAAGAUGCCCGAGAACUCCAACUUCUCCACGGCCUGGCUCACGCUGGGAGCUUCACCAGGGCUUGGGGCUCCCUCUCAGAGGAGCUAGACAUCUAAGUGCUGGGUGUGCCCUCAGGGGUGGGGACAGGGACGGUCAUCAGCCCCCAGGCUGGGCAGCUGGUGCCUUUGUUCUCUAGAUCUAUCUUGACUUCAGUCCAAAGGGAAGGGCUGGAAACCCCAUUUUCUCUGAGAACUCAAGGUUAUCCCCAACAUAUGCCCUUGACGGAUAGUGGUCACCCAGCCUGUGUUCUUCUGAGCGAGUGAUGUGCGAAUGAUUGACCUGAGUGAGUGAUUGGGGAGUGAAUGUAUGGGUGAAUAGGGGAGUUGGUGAGUUUCUACCUAACUGGGAAGGGGCAGAAAUGGGGGGCCGUCUCCCACUGAAGCCCAUAACUGUCCCUCCAUGCCAUCCGUUCUUUGACUCAACCAGGGCCAAGGUGAUGUCCAAAUUUGAAGCUUGCAGGCCCCAGGCUGAGAAGGGCCACAGCCCUCUCAGAGACACUUCCAGGGGCCCCAUGGGGCAGCCUGGCCUCCUGCUUUUGUAUUUCUCGGCCUUAUGUUCUAGUUAGGCUCACACAUAGCCCACAGGGAGACCACCAAGUGGUUUUCCAGCGGCCUAAGCCAAGCGUCUGAAGUCAGGGUUUCCCCUGGUAUGGGACGUGCCGGGGCAGGAAUGUGGGAGCCGACAUCUGGAAACUGGAUUGCAUUCCCUGAGCCGCAGGAGUCUGGCUGGGACGAAAACCAGCCUGUCCUCCAGCCCUGAGAGCCAAUGGCCUCCUUCCUGAGCCCCAAGCCUGCCAUGAUAGCAUGCACCCAGACACCAUCAGCUCAGACUCUGUCUCUCCCAGGAAUGCAUGGUGUGAGGUAGGGCUUUACUGCCAGCAAAGCCAGGAUGAUCACCCCACCCUUGAUGGGGCCAAGCCAAUCACAUUAGCCAUAAAUGACCAAUGUCCUAAUCCGCUCUUUUCUCGGGGCGUGUUCAUGGGUCCUGUUCAUCUCUAGUCAGUUGACGUCUCUAGUCCUUCCUAUAAAAGUGAAAACGAGCAUUGCGCAUAUGCGUGCAAACACACACACGCACACACACACACGGAAACCAAACAACAAAAAAUCCCAGUGUCUUUUUAUGCAUGUGGUGAGAUGAAAUUGUGAUCCUUGUGUGACCUCCAGCUGCUGUCCUGUCUUGUAAAAUAUGUCCAAAUGUUUAAGAAUUUCUAAGCAAAUGGUCCCUUAAGAAGUCUGCAGAGUUCAAUAAAAGGUCUGGAGAAAACAA